AAGGGCGUGCGAAGGGCGUGCAUUAAGCUCUUUUCAGGUAUCUUCUUAGAUUGAUAUUUCUCUCUUACAGGCGUGAGACACGCACUCAGAUGAAAUAAACCAUGCUGUCGAGGCAUGUCAGAAAAAUAGGAGCUCAAUUGAGCUCAUUUGCCCUCAAUAGUGGCGUACUUCAGCAGCAGUCUGCCUGCAGGUGCCUAUCCACACAACAGCCCCUGUACCUGCGCCGAUCUACUGGCCUGGGAAAGUUCAACGAACCGCUGUCUGGUAUGGAAAUGCCGCGGGCUGGGGGCAUUGCGACGAUGAUGCGACUACCAUAUCAAACGACCGCUGAAGGACUGGAUGCUUGUUUCGUUGGUAUUCCUCUGGAUAUUGGAACUUCAAAUAAAUCAGGAACCAGGUUUGGACCGAGACAAAUCCGCACAGAGUCGGUUCUCUUGAGAAAUAACAACUCUAUUGGCGCAGCACCAUUUGAGUCGCUUCAGGUUGCUGACAUCGGGGACGUGACCCUUAACCUCUACGACCUGAAGAAAUCUUGCGAGAUGAUUCGAGAGCAAUAUGCCACCAUUGUUGCAAAUGGAUGCAAGCCCCUGACUCUAGGAGGGGACCACACUCUUACAUACCCCAUCCUUCAAGCAAUUAAGGAUAAGUACGGCCCUGUAGGUCUGGUUCAUGUGGAUGCCCAUGCAGACGUCAGCGACACAAUGCUUGGUGAAAAGAUAGCCCACGGUACUCCGUUCCGACGCGCCGUUGAGGAUGGGUGCUUGGACUGCAAGAGGGUGGUCCAGAUUGGUCUUAGAGGCACCCAGUAUAGUCCCAUCCCAGGAGUCAAAGGCUUUAAUGAAGAAAUGGGCUUCAGAAUUGUUCCUGCUGAAGAAUGUUGGCACAAGUCGAUGAACCCACUGAUGGAGGAAGUCAGGGCCAUGAUGGGAGAUGGACCCGUCUAUCUGUCCUUCGAUAUUGAUGGUAUAGACCCAGGACUAUGCCCUGGAACAGGUACUCCUGAGAUUGGUGGUCUGACAUCCAUCCAAGCUAUGGAGAUAAUCAGAGGAUGUCAAGGUCUUAACCUUGUAGGUGGUGACCUUGUUGAGGAAGCGUUUGCGGAACAUGCUGGAGGAUGAUCGAGGCUGAUGCGGGACAAAGCUUGAAAUUUGUGGCAGAAUUUUCAAAAUGUUUAAAAUUUUGGCACAACAAAUUUGGUGGACGUCUUUCGUGAACACUUCAGGAAUUAUGAGUAUCCUAUACGUAUUCUACCUGUGUCCAUACUGACUGGUGCGUGCCAAUGCCCCGAGUGACACGCAUGUUUACGACUAGUUCACGAUGGAUUUACGAAUAAAUUGCUCAUAAUUUGUGCAUCGGCUGCGGAUACUUCCCGCAGUUUUCACAUUACUUGCGCACUGUCUACGCACAGAAAACUAAGGAAAACAGGAAAAGAAAAAGUGACCGCUGAAAGCAUCUUCUCCUUCUUCUUCAAGAUAAUCUGCCUCCUU